AUGUGCAAAUUCAAGUUCUGGAUGCUAGCAUUCAGUACAUUUGUCGCCUUAUGCAUAACGUUGUCAAAAGGAGCCACAUGCAAGGACGGAGAUCAUAUCGGAGAAGGGGACCCUAAGAGUAAAAACAAAGAAGUGGACACCACAAACGGUUUGAGUAUCUACUUCGACCGCAGUGAUGAUAAAAUGAAGUUUGAUUGUUGUGGAUUUGUGAAAGAAUGGGAAUUCUAUGCAAAGUCGAACGUAGGGACGGUUCAUUUUCAAGUGUGGCGUCCGUCGGGCUCAACGUACACAUUGGUGGGAGAGAACCAAUACACUGUUACUUCUGGAAACGAAAACGCUGAAAUAAGAAUUUCCAUUACAACAGCCGAAAGAAUUAAUGUUCAGAAUGGAGAUAUCAUUGGAAUAUAUCAACCAGUAUUACCAAUAGUAUCUUAUAAAAAUGAGGGUUCAAAUAAUCAAUACCGCCAAACGACAGCGGCAGGCACAACACCAGUGGGCGGGGCAUUCGACUGGAGCACGGUGACGCAGUCCACGAAGAGAAAGUACGCUAUACGCGCUGACGUUACCAAUGGUAACAACCCAUCCAUAACAAAUCUUGCUGCGACCGCCACGUUUACGGAUGACACGGUCAUUGGGACGCUCAUAUUUACGCUGGCAGUUUCUGAUGCAGAUUCCUUAGAUCCACUUACUACAGCUAUGACGACAACCUCUUCCCAAUUUACAUUUGAUUCAAGCACUUUAAAAGUCACAAGUACUGCACAGCUUCCUGCUGGAACGACACCGCUUAACUUCCAAGUGACUGACGGCUGUGGAAAUACUGAUACAGGGACCUUAACUGUUGUUGUUACUAACAUACCGCCAGUGAUACAUAACCUACCAUAUAACGUUAACGUCAAGGAAGAUCAGACGGCGGAGCUAGAGCUAUACGUCAUCAAUGCCACAGAUUCGUCACAGUACGACACAGUCACGUGCAGUAUUCAAUCCGUCAGCCCGGCGACCUCUAUCUUUUUUACAAAGAAUUCAUUGUAUGGUAUAUACUUGCAAGCUUUCCCUUCUUUGUCAUACGAUACUGUGAAUGCAUACGUCUUAACAAUUGCUUGCACGGACUCGAAAGACACCGUAACAGGGACAUUCAAUGUGUAUAUCACCCGGAACAACGCACCUGUAUUUACCAACUUACAAGCGUCUGUGAAUGUGACAGCAUCAUAUACUACGGGUACCAGCAUUUACACGGUGACGUCUUCGGAUGCUGAAGGAGACCAGCUGUAUUACAAUAUGACCUGCUCCUCAGUCACCUGCCCCUUUGCCAUAUAUCAUUCCGGAGAGGUAAGAUCAACAGAUAAUCUCCAGGGGUACACACAAGCCGGCUACGAUCUGUAUAUCUAUGUCUAUGAUGGAAAAACCCUGGUGGGUCCCAAAACUCUGACAAUUGUUGUGACAGACAUUAACACAGCGCCGACUAUCACAAAUCUUCCACUGGCAUCUGCAGUGUCAGUUCCGGAAAACUCCGCUCUAGGAGUAUCAGUGUUCCAGCUGUCCUUCAGUGACCUUGACACGACGGAUACGCAUGUAGUUACCGCAACGUACACACCUUCUUCCGGGGGAACCAUAUUUACAAUGGACACUACAAGUGGUUUGAUUUCAACUUCGUCUACAACAAACAUUAACUACGAGGUCCUGGCAUCACCAUCCAUAGUCGUUAAUGUUCACGUGUCCGACGGAUUCGCCUCAGCGACAUCAUCCCUGACAAUCACAGUGCUGGAUAUAAAUGAGGCUCCCGUUUUUGGGAAAACGUUGUACCAUCUUACAGGAUCAGAAGGAUCUGCCGGAAGUAGCGUGGGAACUCCUGCAUUUGACGUCGCAGAUCCAGAUACGGGAGCCACACAAACCUAUGGUAUUGACUGCCCCGAGUUCAACAUCAAUUCAAAUACAGCUGCUGUCACUCUAGCAGCAGAUUACGAUCUUGACGUAAGUGGAUCUUUGUCAGUGAUUACGUGUAACGUAAGUGUCACAGACGGUGAACUGACGGCGACGUCUGCAUUGAAAAUAACACUUAAUGACGUUAACGACAAUACGCCAGCUUUUAGUCAGCCAUCUUACACAUUCUACACUCAGUCAAACGAAGCUGUGGGGACUGUUCUGGGUUCCAUAGCUGCUUCAGAUGCAGAUAUAGGAGCCUUUGGCACAAUAUCAUACACACUGGAUCAAGUUAGUCUCGGAAACGAGUACUUCGGCGCACAGUCAAAUGGCGACUUCUUUGUCAAGGCUGGACUAACAUCAUUUUCCAAUGGGCAGACACUGAGUAUUACAGCCACUGUAACAGACUCGGCUGGAUUAUCAGACACAGCUACGGUGACUAUAGUAAUCCCUCUGUCUACUACUGCUGCCACCACCACCACCACAGACAGAUACAUGACAUUUGUCGAUGACCCCCGAAACAUUGCUUGGGUAUGCGCAGCUAUCGUUGUUUUAGUGGGGAUUGUCAUCUUGAUGAUCUAUCAGUCUUUCCGGUUUGGAGACUUCACAAGAAUUGGUAACUGGUGUCAAAGGGUGAGUACGAAACCGUCAGAACCAAAGAAACCGUACAGAAUGUCUACCUACCGUACUCAAAAGGUUCGUGAUAUACCAGAAACCCGUUACAACAGGCACUCUGUAAACAGCGGGUGGAAGCCUUGGCGGACUGGAAUUGUGGAACUAUAAUCCUUGUCAAGCACAUAGAGAAAGGGAAGACAGCGGACAAUUACUUCGAGACUUUUGGAAGAAUGUUAAAUAUUGUAAAUCAAUAUAUGUACAAUAGUAUUCAAAGUUUGGUGAGGACAUGUACGUCAGAUUGUUAAAUUUUCUUCUUUAGACUGACAUUAGUAUUUUUUUUUUUAAAUCAAAACAAUUAUAAAUAACGGGAAAUAUUUUAAUUUGCCGAGGAAAAAUUGUGUGUUUAUGAUUAUAAUAAUCCUAAAACCAACGUGGCCAAACGUCAUUUGGAUACAAUCAUUCCUACGCAGAAUACAAUCGUGCAUUUAACGCAGAGUACCACCAACCUCAACCGCAAUUUACUGUGGAGAGUGUAGAUGUCCGUGAGAGAGGGAUUAGGAAGUGGUCCAUAUUUUCUUUAGGCCAUGCCAAUUUGUAAUCUAGUUCGUCGGAUUCGCCGCUUCUAUUUGUAACAAAUCCAAAUUAUAAUAUUAUCAAAAAAUAAUAUCCGCCGCGUGUUCAAAAAUAUCCGUAAAUAUUUUUUUUAGUUUUUACAACAAGCGCACAAAUAACCUUGAUGUAUAUGCUGAGAAAUGACAGAAGCGCGGGCUCUCGAGAAAUUUCCUAACAGUGUAAUACGGUUAAGUUAUUCAUGAUGUCUAUCUUAAUAUGUACGAUACUUCAUAACACUGGAUUGGAAGUUGUUCCUUAUGCUGGAAUCGAACUGGAAGCCGAUGAAACGUUUGAAGCGCUAUUCGAUGCCACUAUUUAGAGAACAUUGACAGCGUAUGAUUGAUUGUUUGAUUAGCCUAUAUAUUGACUGAAGUCUCUCUUGAGAAUAUUUCACUCACAUGAAAGACGUUACCAUUGCCUGUGACGGGCUGCAAAAUUUAGGCCUAUGCUCAGCGCUUAUGGCACUGAGGGAUCUUUAUCGUGCCACACCUGCUGUGACAAGGAUCUCAGUUUUUGCAGUCCUAUCUGAAGGACCGCCCCAUUUAUUCGCCUCUUACAACAAGCAAGGGGUACUAAUCGAUGACUAUUUUAAACCGGACCGACAGUUAAAGACAAAUUCACAAAAGGUUUGGUGAUGUCCUAUCAAAAUUCAAGAAAAUGCUGAAAGCGAUGCAAUGGAUAUUGCAUUUGCAAUGAAUGUCAAAACUGGAUGUGUCCCUAGCAAUAUGCAUAUCUCUGAAUCGAAAGUUUGUAGAAAUGAAACUUAAAUAAAAUUCUUGAAAAAGACCUUAUCAGUUAAUGUUGCAAAGUACAUGUAUUAGGUAUAAAGAAAAUAAGUCUUUGAAACCUGAAAUACUUCUUAUUUAUUGUAAACUAUAUCAACAAAGUUGAAAAAUAUUAAGUUUAUG